CAACUGCCAUUAAACCUCAUCAAAGAAGAAAAAAAGGCGACAGACGCUGGUGGUCCUCUGUUUACUUUUUAGUGAACUACACUAAAUUUGAUUUCGAGGUGUCUGCAUCUAGCUGUACCUUUUCAACAGCCUAUUGCUUCUACACUACACGUCCAUUAACAAUUACUUAUUCGAAGGCCAUUUUCGGUCAAAUAAUGGCAAAUGACGUUGCUUUUCACACUCAGCUAGCCUCCAUCAUGGAGGUUUUGGCUAACACGGCCGUGGCUGAAAUCUGCGAGCUUGUUGACAAUGGCUAUGCGGUCCUGCAUUUGGAGAUAUCUCAAGGGCAGAAGGAGAAUGAAGCGUUGAGGAGAAAACUACGGAUGAUGGAGCUGAAAGUGUCUCGUGCGAGUGCUCCGAGAGCGGGAAUGGGAAGCUCAAUUCUCGCGCACAGUCGUUCUCGAACUCACUUUGGCAUGGAAUCGAAAAGGACAUCAAGCGGCGAGGUACAUUGUCGGAGAGCAGUUGAUUCCCAGUUGGUCACCAGCCUUUUUAGGGACGGAAAGUCCUCAGGUGAUACUGGACAGACUACCACACAGAGAAAGCCUGCAGCAUUAGAUAUGAGAGAGCCCAAAUCACCUACCAUCAAAGAGGAGAGGCGGGAAGAAGCCUGGGACAAUCAUGACCAACGAGAGAGACUGAGGACCGGAGCUUUAAAUCCCAGUGUUGGAGGAGAAAGGCAUUCCAACAUCGACACGGAGGAUGCUCAAUCAAUCAGCAAACAGGAGAAUGCCAGCUCUUGUAUAUGGGUGAGUGGUGAAACAGACAACAGCCUCUUGCCAGAAUCAAAUGAAAAUCUGAGUGUGAACAAAAGAUCUCAAACCCCAGCAUUGGAAGAUGGUGAUGGAAUACUUGACCAUGCAGGCUUUGAUUGUAUGAUGUUUGAGCCCCCCAGACAACUUGGGACACUUAGCACCCAGGGUCCUGGGGCUGAUCUUCCCGAGUGCUCUUACUCUCAUGUGGAUGUUGUACCUCUUAAUUCUGAUUCAGAGAAUAGUUUUCCCUUUUCGAUGAACAAGGUGAGUCACUCCAUAACUGAGCACAAACAACCUGUAGCUUACAGAGAUAAUAGACAGAGGGUGCCGUUGCCCUCAGAUGAGCCUCACAUGACUGUGCGAAAAGGCAUGGAGACUGGAUCCAAUGCCUUGGUAAUGACGGAUGGUUGGGUCUCCCAUGACAGUCAUAAUAACGACGCUGUGAAUUACAACCAAGACGGCACAGCAGGUAACCGGUUCAUUUGUAGUUUCUGUGGUAAGACUUUGGCUUGUCUGAAGAACCUCAAGACACACCUUAGGGUUCACACCGGGGAGAAGCCGUUCAGCUGCAUGCAGUGCGGGAAGCGCUUCUCCGACUCCAGCAACCUCAAGCGACACCAGAGCGUUCACACAGGGGAGAGACGCUACGGCUGCAGCCACUGUGGCAAGCGCUUCGCCCAGUCAGGCUCACUCAAAGUCCACCUUAGCAUACAUAAAGGAUGCAAGCAGUUCCGAUGCCCACAGUGUGGAAAGACUUUCAUAUCGGCCAAUCACCUCAAGAGACACAUCAGUGUCCACGAUGGAGAAGAAAGUAUUUUACCAACCACUUUUCAGUGAGUGAAAGCAUACCCAAACGUGCUUUAGCCCAGCUUGAACAAAAAAAGGGAUCGGGUGCUCGACUGAAGGAGUUGAUCAUCCAAAAAGUAUUCCAUACACUUUUGAAUGAGUGUUUUUGUGACUCUUAUCAUUGAAGUUGUUUAUCACUCAUCCUCAGCCCACUGUGUGAAAAUCGGUUUGUGGACUCAAGUAAUCUCAUUAGUCACACCGGAUACUACAUACAGUGUGGGGAGAGGUUUGCUGCGAAGCACAUUCUUAGAAUUCACCUAGAGAGAAACUAUUCUGGGUGCUCUAGUGCUGGAGAUUGUACUGUCACUGAGUAGACCACGAACACAGUUAUUCAUGAAUAAUUCUACUUUUUAACAUUUUGACUGAACACAUUUUGUCUGUAUUGGGCUAUUUGUUAUUUACAGUUUAGGAGUAGUCUUAUAACAAAAGGAAUGGAAUUAAAAAAAAGAUUUUGUAUGUGUAUCUAAUAAUGUGUACCAUUAUUAUUUCAAAAGUGCUGCAAGUAAUAUGAACAAUACAAACAGUGAUUGUUACUACUAUUAUUAUUAUUAUUAGUAGUAGUAGUAGUAAUAUAAAAAAUACUACCUCUCUUUAGGAAAAACACUCCUCCAAGUCAACCAGUCUAGUAAAAUGAUAUCUCGCAGAGGCCCAUGUAUGAAGUUUUGAAAUAUGAAUGAUCUUGCACACAUUAUUUUUGUAAACAUUUCUUCUGAAAAUGUGUUUUUGUGAAAUAAACAAUUGUAAGAAAAAGGCCAGUACAUUGCUGACUUUUUGACUCAUCCAGUAGGAUGCAGAACUAGCCUCUUGUCAGAAACAUUAAGUAAGCACUUCCAUGUAAUGAAACUUCUGAAAAUAUCUAAAUAUAAAAUAACCUGUAUUUAGUCAUGGCAUAUGAAAAGUGAUUGCCUAAACAAUAAUGAUUCAUUUUGUUCAUAUUUAAGUGAGCUUUGCAUUAGUUGGGUUUUAAAACAUGUUCCAAUGUCAAAUAAAUAACACAUUUCUGUAUACAAAUAUUUCUGUAUACAAUAUUGCACAAAUACUAUUGAUUGUGUCUCCAUAAAACCAGGGUCCAGUCUACUCACAAUAGUCCCUAGAAUACAAAACAGAUGAGUUUGAACAAAAAGCUAGGUCAUAUGAAGUGUUGCUGGCUUUUUACUCUUCCCCCUCCAUAGCCGCCAUUUCAAUUUACUGAAUAUGGAAUACAUAUUAGACUGUAGAAAAUAAACUUUAUCACCUGUCUCAGCUUAAGUGAUGUGGAAAAUAGUCAGUAGGUUCUCUACUAACCAAAUAUGGUAGACUGGACUCUGGUUUUAUGCACACAAUUUGUUUCUGUACAGGGCUGUAUUUGUACUGUUCAGGCACCCCACUUUAGUUGUUUGACCACAGUAAAAGUCCAGCAACACUUUCAUUGACCUAGCUUUUUGUUCAAACUGUUUUGUAUACUAAGAACUCAAGUGAGUAGACUGGACCAUGGUUUUAUGAACACACCAUCAAUAGUUUUUCACUGUAUAGUGCAAUUUGUUUGUGCAAUACAACAAAAAUACUGUAAGACUUUGCUUAAACAUUACUUUUCAAAAUGGCAUCCUUGAACAAUAGCACCAGUAAAUUAACAGUAAUUAUACAAUAUAUUUUUUUUAUUGUUUUAUUUUGUUACCAGUAGACUUAUGUUCCUUACAUGAAUUGACGUAAACUCCAACCAUUUCUCAAUGUGCUCCAAUUUAUAAUAUUAUUUAGAUUUUUCCAUGAAGUUGGCUAUCAUUUUGUAACAGUUCCAGCAUUAUGCAAAUCUACAAAGACAAUCUUGAUUUCUUAUAAUACACAUAGUGUUUACAGUGGACUUUUAAUUUUCAAAGCAAAAUCUGAAAACCUUAAAUUUGGAUAGAUGCAGCUACAGUUGAAGUCAGACAUUUACAUACACUUAGGUUGGCGUCAUUAAAACUUGUUUUUUAACCACUCCACAAAUUUCUUGUUAACAAACUAUAGUUUUCGCAAGUCGGUUAGGACAUCUACUUUGUGCAUGACACAAGUAAUUUUUACAACAAUUGUUUACAGACAGAUUAUUUCACUUAUAAUUCCAGUGGGUCAGAAGUUUACAUACACUAAGUUGACUGUGCCUUUUAAACAGCUUGAAAAAUUCCAGAAAAUUAUGUCAUGGCUUUAGAAGCUUCUGAUUCUGAUAGGCUAAUUGACAUAAUUUGAGUCAAUUGGAAGUGUACCUGUGGAUGUAUUUCAAUGGUAAAAUCAAAAGAAAUCAGCCAAGACCUCAGUAAAAAGAAAUGUAGACCUCCACAAGUCUGGUUCAUCCUUGAGAGCAAUUUCCAAACGCCUGAAGGUACCACGUUCAUCUGUACAAACAAUAGUACGCAAGUAUAAACACCAUGGGACCACGCAGCCGUCAUAUCGCUCAGGAAGGAGACGCGUUCUGUCUCCUAGAGAUGAACGUACUUUGGUGCAAAAAGUGCAAAUCAAUCCCAGAACAACAGCAAAGGACCUUGUGACGAUGCUGGAGGAAACAGGUACAAAAGUAUCUAUAUCCACAGUAAAACGAGUCCUAUAUCGACAUAACCUGAAAGGCCGCUCAGCAAGGAAGAAGCCACUGCUCCAAAACCGCCAUAUAAAAAGCCAGACUACGGUUUGCAACUGCACAUGGGGACAAAGAUCAUACUUUUUGGAAAAAUGUCCUCUGGUUUGAUGAAACAAAAAUAGAACUGUUUGGCCAUAAUAACCAUUGUUAUGUUUGGAGGAAAAAGGGGGAGGCUUGCAAGCACUGGUGUGCCGUGGGCCUGGGGCUUGGGCCUUCAGUGAGGUACUACACAGUCCCACUCGAAUUAAUCCACCUCUUAUUACCAUCAUUAUGAUGCCAUGGCUUUAGACACUAUACAUUUAGACAGAAACGCGGUAUAACCAGGCGUUGCGUCACCUUGAAAUUGACAAAUUGACAUUUUUGGGUAAACAGUGUUUACCCAAAAACAUGACACAAUCAAUGAGUCUUUUCAAUAUUUCCCUUCACCUUUUCAUUGUGCAGCUCCGUUGCCCUGCGCGCUUGUUCUUUGAGCUGUAGAUCCACUCCGGUGUCCCCAAAAGUUUUCAAAAGCACCAUUGCUUGUAAGUGCCCAGCCGUACUUUGGUGUCUCGUUGCUGCCCUGGUUAGACAACUCAAGUUUGCAAAGCCAGUGUGGCUCCAAACACCAAAUCGAUCACUUGCAAAUAAUAGGCAUUCCCAGCAGUACAGUUUGCAGUGCUUCUCGGAGCCUGUGAGCCAUUGACAGCGCUCGUAGUUGAAACUUUGAAAGUGGCGAGCGAAUGAAUCCCUUUCACGCCUGUGACAGGCUUUGUGGCGUCGGGCGACCUCUCCUUACAAUGUCUAACUUUUCUUGAAAAGUUCGUCUUGAGAAUGGCGUUAUAAUUAUAUCCUCGACCAAAUCGAUAUCUUCUCCUCCUUCCGCCAUUGUAGGUUGAAAAAACAGCUUAGUAGUACGCAAAUUAAUUCGUUUAUCAAAUUCAGUUUCCUAGAUCUGCAUAUACCUGCCCAUAGGACCUGCCUCUCAAUAUUGGUAAUCCAAUCAAAAGACGUGCACGCACUACGCCUGCUAGCUGGCUCCUGUGUAACACUGGAGCCAGCCAGCAGGCGUACAAUAGCCAACUCUAAAGCUGAUUGGUUGACACAAAAUUUUCAUUUCCAUUCACUAUAAGCUACAAGCGCCCGCACUGUUGAUUCUGAAGGCCUGAGGGCAGAUUUUAGACCCCUGGCAACACAUGAUGGCUGAAUAUGAUUGGAUAAAAGAUCUAACAUAAAGACCAGCCCUCCAAAUCUCAACCUGGGGCUGGAAGCAGUGCAACCAAGAGGAAAGCUAUGAAAUGAAGAGUAUAACUCUUACUCUGGGGAAUAAUUUAAUACAUAUUUGUGGGAAAAUAUAUUUAAAAAAAAAAAUUAUAUUCUGAUGAUGUUUAGGCCAGCAGAGAAGGCCUUGCAGGCCCUGACGGCCCACCACUGCUUGCAAGCUAAAGAACACCAUCCCAACCAUGAAGCACGGGGGUGGCAGCAUCAUGUUGUGAGGGUGCUUUGCUGCAGGAGGGACUGGUGCACUUCACAAAAUAGAUGGCAUCACGAGGCAGGAAAAUUAUGUGGAUAUAUUGAAGCAAAAUCUCAAGACAUCAGUCAGGAAGUUAAAGCUUGGUCGCAAAUGGGUUUUCCAAAUGUACAAUGACCCCAAGCAUACUUCCAAAGUUGUGGCAAAAUGGCUUAAGGACAACAAAGUCAAGGUAUUGAAGUGGCCAUCACAAAGCCCUGACCUCAAUUCUAUAGAACAUUUGUGGGCAGAACUGAAAAAGCGUGUGCGAGCAAGGAGGCCUACAAACUUGACUCAGUUACACUAGCUCUGUCAGGAGGAAUGGGCCAAAAUUCACCCAACUUAUUGUGGGAAGCUUGUGGAAGGCCACCCCGAACGUUUGACCCAAGUUAAACCAUUUAAAGGCAAUGCUACCAAAUAGUAAUUGAGUGUAUGUAAACUUCUGACCCACUGGGAAUGUGAUGGAAGAAAUACAAGCUGAAAUAAAUAAUUCUCUCUACUUUUAUUCUGACAUUUUACAUGAUUAAAAUAAAGUGGUGAUCCUAACUGACCUAAGACAGGGAAUUUUUACUAAGAUUAAAUGUCAGGAAUUGUGAAAAACGGAGUUUAAAUGUAUUUGGCUAAGGUGUAUGUAAACUUCUGACUUCAACUGUACAUGUUGCUGAUAUAAUGGAAGUCCUGUGGGCAAAGUGUUAGAACAACUUUUGCAGGUUUGGGAGCAUCCUAGCAAAGAAAAUGAAGAUUCUGUAAAACAGUCUUGUGCUGUUAUGAAGGUAGAUGACUAAUAAUGUGACAAUGCAUAAUAUCUCUUGUCUGGGAAAUGUUUACUACGGUUUUAGGCACCCUAGUUAAAAUGCAGUACUGGUAUAAUAGACUAGGACACGGAUGAGCACCUUUGUGUGCUGACGAUUUACACUGAGGAUGACCUUCUUUUUUUUUUUAAACCUUUCUUGCACUAUGAUUUUUUGGCCACCAUGUUCUAAUAAACAUCUUGAUUUUC